AGUUUUUCUCAUCAAAACAAAAAAUGGCCUUUCUUUUGAAAAACACCUUAUCUUUGGCCUUAAUCAUCACAUUAUUUUGGUCGUUACCAAGUUCAAUAUUUGGUCAAAAUUGUGGGUGUGCACCAAACUUAUGUUGCAGCAAGUUUGGGUUCUGUGGCACUGGGGAGCCUUAUUGUGGUAAGGGUAACUGUCAAUCUGGCCCUUGUGAAGGCCAGGCCACUCCGACGACUCCAGGUAGUGGCGGUUCUGGUUCAUCAUCCGUGUCUGGUAUUGUGACCCAGUCAUUCUUUGAUGGCAUUAUUGGCCAAGCUGCUGCGUCCUGUCCUGGGAAGAACUUCUACACUCGCGCUGCUUUUCUCAAUGCUGUUAGUGCUUUCCCACAGUUCGGUACCUCAGGUUCAAGUGUUGAAAACAAGAAGGAAAUCGCCGCCUUCUUUGCUCAUGUUUCACAUGAGACUACUAAUUUCUGCCAUAUCGAAGAGCAAGACGGAAAAGUUAACGAUAGCUACUGCGAUCAGACUAAGGCAGCACAAUACCCUUGCGCGCCAGGGAAGAAGUACUUCGGCAGAGGACCUCUUCAACUGUCGUGGAACUACAACUACGGUCCUGCAGGAAAGGCGCUUAAUUUUAAUGGACUCGGAAACCCUGAGAAGGUGGCUACUGAUGUAGAUACAGCCUUUAAGGCUGCAAUGUGGUACUGGAUGACCAAUGUUCAUUCUGUUAUGAACCAAGGUUUCGGAGCUACCAUUAAAGCGAUCAAUGGUGCUCUUGAAUGCAACGGCAAAAAUCAAGCUCAAGCUAAUGAUCGUAUUCAGUUUUUUAAGAAGUAUUGUGCUGAUUUUGGGGUUAAUCCUGGUGUUAAUCUUUCAUGUUAAUUGGACUAGUAUUUUAAUAUAAUAUUGUGUGAUAUACAUGUGUGUGGUUGUUGCAAUAAUGUAUUUUGUUUUCGAAUAAAUUUAUGAUAUGUCAUAUGUAUCGUAAUAGUAAAUUGUAAUAAGAGAUAUUGUUCUUAUGGCCGGCCGGUUACGCUGCUAAGAACGAUCAAUAUAAGCCCUGUUUGGGUUUUAUGGAAAAUGUUUUUAUUUUUCUCUCU